AUGUUCUGCCAAAAUCGAACCAUAGUUUUUCAUAAGCAAUUGCAAACAUUCAAUCAUAAAAAGAUGAUGAUAAUGAGCUUGAGGCCGAGGCCGAAGUUGCGCAACUUUUCGGGCUCUUUUCAAAAUUCACCUAUUCUUCUGCGAUUGAUAGAUUCGUUAUAUUUCUGUGAAGGACUUGUUCGGAUUCUUGGUUGUUUUAGAAUUUUAUAUAUAGGGAGCCUGAAGAAUUCGCCUGAAAAGUUGUGA